GCUCAAAUCCCGCGUGGUGUAGGUAACAUUCAAAGAGAAAGUACACGCACGUGAAAUAAAUAUUCAAAAAAUUGUUAAUGCCUGAAGAUAUUACUCACUCAGUGUUGCCCAACCCAUUGUCUGUACAACACCGUAUUGUAUCACGUAGAAAAACCACUGUUAAACAGUGCGCAAGGUGUAGUACUUUUGCUGAAGAAAAAAAGAAGUACAAAUGUGGCGGACCCACAGUUUACCUUGAGAAUAUUCAUUAGUUCCCAUCCGAUUUUUGUGGUGAUUCAACGUUGCGAUGGUUUCAGUAUGCUUGUGUCUCAUCCAGUCAUGAAAUCAAGAAGAUUCUCAAGAAUAUUGUAGAAAAUGCGACGAAAAUGUAGCUGUCAAUAAUCAUCAAUAGCCAGUGAAAUGGCUCUAGUUGAUCAUUGUUUUUGUUGUAGUGUUUUAAUCGCAUCUGGAUUUUUUGCUGCUUAUCUUUUGAUUGCUUACUUAAUAGCAUUUGCCUUCGAGCUACUAUGGAUCCUGGAAUCAGAGACAGCGUUACCAGCUGCCGCAGUGCUUUUGUGUGCAGAAUACUUCGCGAUGGCGCUAUUUGCAGCACUUUUAAUCCAUGGAUUAGCUACGAAAAAUUCAGUGUGCCUUAUAGCGUGGAUGUUUUCCGUGACUGUACUGACAUUUCCAGAAGCUGGUAUGGUCAUAUACAUGAGUAUACAGUAUUGGAGAAUAGAAAACCUGUACGGUAUGACCGAGCUAGCCUGUUGGUUAGUUAGAAUUUCCGUUAAUGUGAUAGAAGUAGUAUUAGUUCAAUCUGUAUAUACAAUAUGGAAAGACGAAGACCUAGUAAAUAAGAGAUUUAGAGAGUUGAAUAUGGCUGCCAUAACUUUACAAGGUGAAGAAAUACCACCAUUGAAUAGUGAGUUUUAUCAAAAUAAUGGAUAUGAACACUCCAUUGAAAACCUCAAUGCUACGCUAAGUAGGUAUGGUUCUACUCCGAAUUUGUGGAAUAAUCCACUGCCCGUACCAAAUAAUUUAUUAUCUAUACCGUAUGACAGUUACCAGUUUUACACAACGCAAAGUGAAUUCAAUGCAAGUAUCUUUGUGCCAAACUUUGCUUACAGUGACGCAUCUCUUCCAGGAAAGCGGGCGUUAUCCCUUAUGGAUCUCAGGUAUUUGGAAGACCAGCCCUUCAUAGACAAGAUGCCUAAUCAACAUCAUUCUUGGAUACAGCAGUCGAUCACUGAAACUAGCAGUGCUUUAGUUCCAAAUUAUCUAACAGACAAGGUAAGUAAGCUACAGUGGCAAGUCAUCGUUGGUUGUCAGAGCGGUCCGUGGGACCUUAGCUCUUGAGUUACAGUGUCAGUUUGUAAGUCUGUCAGGUCUGGUAACCCCUAAACCAGACAAUUUUAAGGGCUACAGCGGCAUAAGGGGCGAAUAAUGUUAUGAGAUGGAUGUAUCUGAACUCGCACCAAAUCUACGAAGUGGUGAUAACAUACUUAAUACUAAACGCCUCCUUAUUAAGAGUAUUAAGCUUCGGGCGAUGAGUUGGGUUAUAUAAGCCAAAAAUUUAAAGCUACUUCGUUGCUAUGAGGGUGGUCUGAAAAGUUUCCGACCUAACAAAGAUACAAGACAUUUUUUCUGGUUUUUAUUUUAUUUUUCAACAUGGUCUCCUUGUAACGCUACAUACUUCUCCCAGCAAUGCUCCCAUCUCUGUAAUCUGUCCAAAUAGUACUUGGGGUUUUUCUCUGCAAAAUAAUUGUGCACGAAGGUGAUUGCUCUUCAUUUGACGAAAAUCGCAAUUUUUAGAUAAAGGAGCAAAAAUAAGUCGCUUGGGACUAGAUCUGGUGAGUAAGGACAAGCUGUUCAAACCGUAAAUCGUGGAUUUCCGUCAUGGCAACCGCUGAGGUGUGAGACGGUGUGUUGUCUUGGCGAAACA